AUGCCUCAUGCCACCACUCCCUCCGUUAGUUCAGACGGGUCGACCAGGAGCCGUCACCGUCACCGUGACCGUGACCACCGCCGUCACAGCAUGGUUUACCUCGAAGAGUCUGAGCCAAAGCAGUUCCGUUUCUGCGCAGAACUGACCCUUCAGAUUCGAAGCCGUCGGGCGGAUCAUCGAAGCUCAGAGUCUCUUGAGGACGAGAUUCUCUACUCCCUUACCAAUGGAGGCAUCAAGUCUCAAAUUCUUUCGGAUUACCCGUACGACCACCCCACACACACUCACACGCCUUCCUACAAAGUUUGGACUAUCACCAGCGACCACUCUAUUCAGUCCAAGCCUACCGAGUACAAACACGCCAUGAAGUUUGUCUCUCCUCUUUUCCGCUUCUCCUCCUUCGACACCUGGAUCCAACAUUUUGAGAGUUUCAUGCAAGUCCUCAACCGAGACUUUGAGACCACUUCUACACACGAAUGCAGCACUUCUAUCCACCUCGCUCCCCUAGACCAAGACCACCCAGAGUGGACACGCUCCGAUAUCCGCGCCCUUUCCAAGUCCAUUCUCUACUUCGAGUCCUGCCUCGACGCUGUCAUGCCUCUCUACCGCCGCACCUCUGUCUUCGCCAAGAGCAACCGGUACAACAAGCAAAUGGCCAACCUGACCACAGCCGAGUGCUUCUCACACCUGGACUCCCUCAGCAAACGGAAAUAUAUCGCGGCACACAUGGUCCGCUGCGACCCCAACUCAUCCACGGGCCGGGCCCUCGGCCAGCGGUCCGACUUUCCUCAUUCCGGCUACCGAUGGAACUUUCUCAACCUCGUGCACAACAAGUCUCGAGGCACAAUCGAGUUCCGCCAGCCUCCCGGCUCCACGACCCCCGGUGAAGCCAUCGCAUGGAUCAUCCUUGCCGUGUGCUUUGCCCAGGUGGCCUGCGCAAAGGGUGACUCGCUCCGGCCCAAGGAACGCCCCAACGUGGAGACACUGGGCGAUUGGGUGUACAGGGAGGCAGUACGGGCCAACGUUCCUUCUGAGCACAGGAGGAGGUUGAGGCAGUUGUUUGAUGAUGCCAUGCCUAUCGUCUCUGACUCCAAAAAGGCCGACUUGAGCAUCGUCACGGCGGAGCCGCCGAUUACGGUCCAUGACAAGCAUGGCUUGAUUUGGAGGGAGAAAGGCGAGAGGAACGUGGCGAUGGAGAAGUUUGAUGGGUUUUUCAUGGACCCGGUGCUGAGUAUGUGGGCAGAUUCUUCGAGGCUUUAG